UCAAACUUUAACGCAUAUUUAUUUUUUUCUUUUUUUUUUUUUUUUUUUUUCUUUUUUUUUUUUUAUUUCGAAUUUUAAUUCACAUUUCAUGAUGUCUACGAUAGAUAUGAUUAUGUCAGACUUUUAUAAUGUUUUGUUUAAAUUACGUUAUCCUGAAAUUACUAAAGCAGAACCAGACAAUAUAAGUUCUAUUAUAUUUUCCGGUGAUAAUCGAAUUCAUUUAUUGUCAUGGUUACUUACGGAAAAAGUACCGAACAUUGCGAAUGAUUUAGAAAAACUUGAAGGUUCUGCUUUGCAUGACAAACUUGCAAUGUAUUAUUCUCAGCUUGGAAUUUGUAUUAACAAAGAUAUAUUAUUGGGUAAUUGUACAUUAGAGGAACAACUUCCUACUCUAACUCUAUUAUUACAAUUUGUUAAAAAUGUUUAUAUAAAUUCAAUUGAUGUUCCAACCAAUGAGGAAGAAUCAAUUGCAAAUUUAUUGAAAAUACAUUUUACUGAAGAUACAAAUAAUCCAAGUAAUACAUCCAUAAAACAGAGUUAUUCAGAAGCUGUAAAAUAUUUUGAAGAUUUACAAAAAUUAGAUGAUUCUAAUGAGUCAAAUAAUAUUUCUACAAUAAAAAACUCAUCUGUAGAUAGUGAAAACAAUGUAGAACAAAAUAAUAUUAAGGAACAAAAGAAUUUUAUUGUACAAAUUGAAAAAUUCAUGGAUACCUAUAAUAUGAUUUCUUCUUGGCCUGUAUCGCAUACAAGAAAUGAAAAUACUAAAGAAAAUAAUAUGGAUUCAAAUAUCAAAAGUAUACAUUCUAACUUCAUGAUUUUUAAACAGAUGUUACAUAUGAAAGAUGAAAUAUCCAAACUUAAGUUACCAAGUGCAUCACAAAAAAUCAAUUAUAAUAGAUCAUUGAAUUCACUUGUAGAGGACAUUAUGAUUUCUACAGAUGAAACUAUUGAUACAUUAUAAUGUUUAUUUAUAAUGAGUUUAUUGUUUACUCUUUGUAUGCCCAUCGGGACAUGAACUAUUAAUUUACUUAUGAUUCGUCCACAAAGAGUAAAUCAUAGUAUGUAAUUUUAUUGUUUAUUUCCAUAUAUUGAAUAAAUACAAAACUGAUGGUGAAUAAAAUAAAGGCAAUGAUAACAAAA